UGGCCAAUAAAAGGAAGCAACCACCCUCUCACAGACAGAGUGUGUGCUGCCGGAGACCGAGCUGAGCCAAGACCUAAGCCAGGAGGAGCUCCAGGCCCUAGGAAUAAGACAUCUUUGCUGUCCUUUAAGCUCGUUCUGACCCCAGAAGAGGCCGCUGGCCACAGAGAAGGAUCCAGGCCAUGAAUUCAGACCAAGGAGGAAGAAAGGAAGGGGCCUCGCGUUUCCUGUCCAGCUCCACCAAGAUCCAGCACAGCCAACACCCUCCUUUGUAUAAGUUAAACCUGCAGGAGGAGAAAAUGGGUGAGCAUAGCCCUUUCCAGAAGUUCAGCUUUGGGAAGGGUAACCAGAGUAAGGAGAACAAGGUGAUCAUGCUGAUGGGAGCCACGGGAUCUGGGAAGACGAUGAUGAUCAACGCCAUGGCCAACUACAUCUUGGGAGUGGCAUGGGGGGACGACUUCCGGUUCAAGCUGAUCACGGAGGAGACGUUCCGCUCUCAAGCGGAGAGCCAGACCUCCAUCAUCACCGCCUACCACCUGGCCCACCAAGAUGGCUUCCAAGUGCCCUACAGCCUCACCAUUAUUGACACGCCAGGUUUCGGGGACACCAGGGGUAUCGAACGUGACCAGGCUUUGACCGAACACAUCCGAGAGUUUUUCUCCUCGCCUAGGGGCAUCGAUCACCUGGACGCCGUGUGCUUCGUGGUGCAGGCAUCUCUGCCCCGCCUGACUCACACCCAGCGCUACGUCUUUGACUCCAUCCUCUCCAUCUUUGGGAAGAACAUCGCCAACAACGUCCGGGUGCUGGUCACCUUUGCCGAUGGGCAGAAGCCUCCGGUGCUGGAGGCCAUCAAGACGUCUCAGGUCCCGUGCCCCAAGAAUGGGGCCGGAGAGCCGAUUCACUUCAAAUUCAACAACUCUGCCUUAUUCUGCAGCCGGGCCCCGAAGGCUACCAGGGAAGCUGGGGAGGGGGAGGAGGAAGAGGAAGAGGAGGUCUUCGAUGAGAUGUUCUGGCGCAUGGGCACCGGCAGCCUGAAGAAGUUUUUCAUGGAGCUCGGCAAGUUGCAGCCCCAGAGUCUAAGUUUAACCCAGGAAGUGCUGAAGGAACGGAAGCAGCUGGAAGCCAUGGUGGAGGGGCUGCAGGUCCAGAUCCAAAACCGGCUGAUGAAGAUGGAGGAGAUCCGGAAGAUAACAGAUGUCCUGGAGCAGAACAAGGACAAGAUGAAGGCGAAUGAGAACUUCGAAUACGAGACGUCCAUCAUGGAACCUCAACAAGAACCCAUUAAGGGGUUCAUUACUAACUGCCAGAAAUGUCGUUACACCUGUCAUCACCCCUGUGCCAUACCAGAUGACCGUGAGAAAUACAACUGCGCGGCAAUGGACCAAGCUGGGAAUUGCAAGGUCUGUCCAGAGAAGUGUCACUGGAAAGUCCACUUCAAUCAGAAAUACAGAUGGAAUUAUGUUCCUAAAACGGUGAAAGGGACAUACCAGAACCUGAAGGAGAACUACGAGAAAGCCUAUGGGGAGCUCAAGUCAGCCGAACAACUCUCCCAAAAGUUGAAGGAAGACCUGGAAGGAGUUGAGGAUGAAGCCCAAAGCCUCAUCGAGGCUCUGUCUCACUGCAUCCGGCGGCUGGAGGACAUCGCUUUGAGGCCCAACCCUCUGUCCACCCCCGAAUACAUCGACAUCCUCAUCAUCUCGGAGAAGGAAGAGGCCAAACCCGGAUUCCAAGAGAGGAUAGAAUCCCUGAACAAACUGAAGAAGAGGGCCCAGCUGCUCUCCGAUGUCAGCCAAAUGCCAGAGGAUGCCCAAGGGAUGCCUACUAAGGGGAGAAAAACAAAGUGGGACAAGAUGAUAAACUGGUUCACUCAGUCAUGAGUUCUUCCUCCCGAAUGAUAAAUACCAACAAAUUUGGUUGGGGUGAGGGGUAUUAUCAUUUAUCAUAAUGUUUCAGGGAGGGAAGAAUGGGGACCAGAGCCCUAAUUGGGGAGGGGUCUUGUGGUGGUGGCCGGGGGGGCGGAGGGAGGGCGGCGGAUAAAGAAUGGGGAGAUACAAUUUUAGUCAGGGAAGGAUUUUUGGAGAGAUAUCAUUUUAGCAGAGCUUUGAAAAUGGAGAUAGAAGUGGUCUAUUGACUGUGAAGAGUGAAGAAGUUCCAUGGGCAGGGGGCGGUCAUCAGAGAAAGAGGGACAAGAGCAAGGAACGGGUUGGUGUUAGAGGAGGGGAGUGUGAGGGUUGGGUUGUAGUGGGAGAGGAGUGAAGUGUGAAUACUGGGUGGUGGCAGGAGAGGAUUGAGGAUAGGUCUUGGGAGGAGAACUCUCUCUCCCUCCCACUUCCUCCACGGACCCUCGGGGACUUAAAUGUCCACAUUGGUGACCGUUGAUCCCCCCCAGCGGUCCUCUUCCCAAAACGCUUCUCCAACUCUGCUCCUCUUUUGCUUCACUUCUCAUUCCCUCUAUCUGCUGUUUCAGCCAUGUCUUCUCAACGGCAAAACUAUCCUCAAGACUCCCAGAGGCCUCCAAACUCUGGAUCCCUUCCCCACUAAUAGCCCUCUCCUCCUCUGACCCCCACCUGGAAAAAAAAUCCAGGUAUGAGACCAUACCUUGCCUACUGAACUCAACUCCCACACUCCUGAUCUGCUGGCAGCACCAACCCCCAACUCCCAGCCCUCAAUCUCGUUCAAAGACUGCAUCUCCGCUGCUGCCUUCGUGAAGUUGAGUGAUUCUGACAGAAACGUUGACACCAGGUUGCCUAUUGCCAGGUGUCAUUUUACCUUCACUUGCUAUCCCUCUACUCUUUCUUCUGCUCACCAAGAGACUGCCCUCCUCAUCCCCUCCCACAGCCAUAGCCCUCAUCGAAUAUUCCAGACCUUUGACUUCUGAGGUCCCUUAGUGGCCUCCCCCCUCCUCUCUUGCUAAGCCUCGAAGCUCUCGCCAACUGCUUUUUUGGCAAAAUAAAAUGAUCUUCUCUCUAUUGUAGCACCUAAGAGCAGUGCUUGGCAUAUAGUAAGCACUUAACUCAUGCUAUAAUAACCUCCGUUAUUAUCAAGUUUGAACCGUUUCAAGGUUCACAAAGCUGUGACCGGUAACCCCCUGGCCAAACUAACAACCUUAGCUCACUAACCCUUGAGGGUCUGGCAGGGAGCCAUGGGAAGCAAUAACACUUCCCCUAACUUCCAGCGCUUCCAACCCCGGAGGGCCUGGGGAGCAACGAGGCCGAAUGGUAAGAUCUAGAAAGAGAAAAUGGCUAGGGGUCCUGUCCUACGAUCCUUCUCCACCCCAAAUCUGGCCAUCGGGGAGGGAAGAGGAUUGGGAAAUAGCCAGGUAUAGCUGGGGAGGGGUCUCCACAGAUCCCUGGUAAUAGUUGGGAACUCUGUCACCCUGGUGUGGCGAGUCACCUCUACCCAGAAGUGGGGACACGCACUCUUUCAGACCUCGUGAGGCGCCGAGAGACUUGUCAUACCUUCUCAUCGGAGGCAGGGGGAGUGAGUAUUCUAGGAACUUGAUCCCUCCUGCAAUGGGUGAUUUUGAAAGGUAAACCAUGUCGGAGUGCUUUGAAGGGAACUCUGGGGGAUUGUGAAAAGUCGGCCACGGGGGGUGACUUGGAAAGGUGUCUCCUUCUCGGUUUUACCAGCUGCUACAAGUGGGGUACCACGCUGACCAGUGUACUUAUUGCUAAUUAGUCUAAGAAUAGCUUUGCCUUCUGUAGAUUACAUCUUGCAAUUCCUUGUAUUAUCAUCUUAAUAAAGUUGCUUCCAUUACCCAUCA